UCUGAAAUGAUUACCAAAAUGUAGUCAAUCAACGCGUUAAUUACCUCAGAUAAUAGUUACUUUUUUGUGUGCAUGCGUGGGAUAAGAAAACUUAACUCCAUCCCCGGUGACUGCAGAGUGGCCAUUCCAGCUGCUCCAGGCUCCAGCAGAGGAGGAGCGGGCCGGGUCCAGUGGGGAACCAACAGGCCUGGCGCGCACGCAUUCCGGAACCCACCCAGACCAUGUACCGCAGCCUGGGCGCCCAAGCUGCAGUCCGCUCUGUGUGCAGCCAGCAGCCGCCUGGCAACUCCCGAGCCUGCUCGCGCUCCCAGCAUCGCAGAACCAGGGCCAGGUGUCCCGGUGGCUGCCAAGCCAGGCAUUCUGCCCGGCGACGGCGGCUGCACAGGGGCGAGAACUAAGAACCUGGCGCUCAACCCCAUCGGGGUGACUGCCUAGUGCCCAUGCCAGCGGCCCCGAACUCCCUGCGGUGGAGGACUGGGGCGGAAGGCACGUCCUGGGGACCCUCAGUCUGGGCGCGUUGGCGAUCCCGGGCCUCCCAGGCCAUGCUCCUCCAGCCCGCCUGAGCACCCAAGCUGCAGCCGCCUUCUGUGUGCAGGCUGCAGCCUCCAGGCAACCCCCGAGCCCGCCCGCACUCCCAACAUCUCAGAACCGGGGCCAGAUGUCCCAGCCGCUGCGGCCAAGCCAGGCGGCCUGCCCUGGGGAGGCUGCACAGAGGCGGGAACCCGCCCUCAGCCUCAUUCCCCGUGGCUGCAGAGGGCCCCUGGCUAGCGGUCCCGAGCUGCGGCAGAGGAGGAGCCGGGCGGGGGCAGGCCCGGCAGGCCCUCAG